GGCCGCUCUCGCCAACCGUCGGUAUUUGAAUCGGCGGCGGGCAGAGGGGCUCGCGGACUCGGCGCCUCCCACCCUGGGCUCUGUGCCGGCCGACAGAAUGAGUCUGCAUAUCUUCAGUGACGAAAAUGUCACUGGUGACAAAAGUACAGAAAAUUGCGACUUCCUGUUUUCACCACCGGAACUUACCGGAAGAUCAUCUGUUCUCCGUCUGUCACAGAAAGAGAAUGUGCCACCGAAGAGCACAGCCAAAGCUGUGAAGGUGACUUUUCAAACACCUCUGCGGGACCCACAGACACACAGGAUCUUAAGUCCCAGCGUGGGCAGCAAGCUCGAAGCCUGUUUUGCUCUGGGCGACCCCACUGGAUUAGAAAACUGCCAUCAAGUCUGUCCCCAGAAAGAGAACCAACAGUUCACCAAGGAGAGAGACACCAAAACGACCCAUGGAAUUCUCCAGAAGCCAGUACCGGCCAACGCCGAGCCCCCCUCAGAGGACGUGAGACCAGCCUCCGAAGACCAGCCUCCUGGUGGGCCCCCCUCAGCUCCCCUGGUCAGCCUGGGUCCCUCAAGCUCUUCCCAGAUCCCAGAGAGUGUGGAAAGCCCCGAGGCCUCCCAAGGCUCAGCGCCCGGCAGCCCCGAGUGCGCCCGGGAGGAGCACAUCCACCCUCGGCCCUCAGAGGAGAGCAUGCCCCUCGGCCCCGCGGCUCCAGAACAGCCCCCCAGGGUGGCAUUCCGGGACACGGCAGAGGACCUGCUCAGCACUACGGGAGGGGACUCGGAGGGCGUCCCUGCUCCCCCCGCCGGGCCCACCUCGCCCUCUGGUGCCCACCCUGGAGAAAAGCCCCUCAUGGACCUGCCUAGAGAGGGCCCCACGGGCCCCACGGAUGCUGCUGGCAGCGAGAACAUGGCCCUGACCAGCCCCGGAGAGGCUGCAGGGGACACACACGCUGGUGCUCGGAGGGAGGAGGCCGGUGGCCAGGCCGCCGGCUCUCUGAGGAGCGGACCCAUCCGGCUGGAGUUUGACUUCUCUGACGCCACCAGCAGAAGGCCGCCCCCACUGCGGAAGCGAGGGAAGACCCUGGGUCUCAAGCCCCCCUCGAGGAGACCAGAGGCGAGGCCCGGAAAGGCCCCCCAGGAGGCGGGCAAGGGUUGCGAGCUCGCUCUCCAUGAGUCCAACGGCCCAAGCUGGGACAAGCCAGAUGACCCAGACUGUAACCCGGCCGUGGACAGUGGAGAGGCCCAGCCCCCGGAGCACCCCCAGAGCGGCCAGACUGCAGAGGCCUUGUCACUGAGACGGCAGGCGUGCCCAGAUGACACACCCGGGACAAGGACCCCAGGAGCGGCGGGUGAGGAGGGGACCGCAGGCUCUUCGGGGGGGUCGGCGCCCCUCGGCAGCCCACGCAGCGAGCCACCGACUGCACCCACCAACCCCACGCCCCCCACCGAGAGGGGGCCGGAGCCCACCCUGGACCUGAGUGGGGAGCAGUUCCGGGACCCUGUGGAGGUCCUAGGCGCAGGGGCCGAGGUGGACUACCUGGAGCAGUUUGGGGCGUCCUCGUUUAAAGAGUCAGCCCUGAGGAAGCAGUCACUGUACCUCAACUUCGACCCGCUCCUGCAGGACAGUCCUUGGGCGCUGGCACCCAGCAGCAGAGGCGGGCCGCCUGACGGGCCGAGGGGCCCACCUGUCCUAAGCACGGGCCCCCUGGCCUCCGAGGAGAGCCCCGGCCGCACGCAGACGGCAGGCAGCUUCUCUCCUGGUCUCGGUGCUCGCGGUGUGGACGCGCCUUCCUCUGGAAGCCCCCCGGAGGCCCAGCUGCUUGACCUGGACUUCCCAGGAGCCCUGGGCAUUCCCACGCCCGGCCCUGCUCCGUGUGACCUCAGGCCCGGUGCCCCACUGCUGCCUGUGGGGCCGAUCGUCGAUGUGCUCCAGUACAGCCAGAAGGACCUGGACACGGCGGUGGAGGCCACGCAGAAGGAGAACAAGGCGCUGCAGGGCAAGUGCACGGCGCUGGAGGGAAGGCUCCUGGAGAUGGGAAAGAUCAUGGACAGCUAUGAGGGGACUGUGUACCAGGUUAUGGAGGAGGCUCAGAAACAGAAGGAGCUCUCCAAGGCCGAGAUGCAGAAGGUCCUGAAGGAGAAGGCGCAGCUGACGGCAGACCUGCACUCCAUGGAGAAGUCGUUCUCUGACCUUUUCAAGCGGUUUGAGAAACAGAAGGUGGUGAUCGAAGGCUACCGCAAGGUGGCUUGUUACCUGCAACUGGACACGGGUGCCUGCGAGGGGUCCGUGUGGGCCUGCGCAGANGCGGGGGCCGGGGGCGGCUGGCCCCGCCCACGGCUCAGCCGGGUCCUCUGCUGCUCCAGGGCAAGCGAGGAGAUCGCCCAGGUCCGGAGCAAGGCCCAGACAGACGCUCUGGCGCUGCAGGCAGUCCUAAGGAAGGAGCAGAUGCGUGUCCACUCCCUGGAGAAGGUGGUGGAGCAGAAGAGCAAAGAGAACGAGGAGCUGAGCAGGAUCUGCGACGACCUCAUCUCCAAGAUGAAGCGGAUCUGAUGCGGCGGCCUGGCCUUGCUGUCUCCCUGUGUCUGCCUGCCUGCCUGCCUGCCUGUCUGUCUGUCUGUCUGUCCAGGGUUUUCUUCUCUAUUGAUGUCAAUUCUUUUUUCAAUUCAUUUUUAAACUAGGUUGCUUUCGGAAAAAAAUAAAGUUUCCCUUAAAUCUAA